AUGCCAUAUUCUGAUGCAGCCAGGUCGUGCUUGCAUAGCAAAGACUACCAAGGAUACUUCGAAAACACAAAGAAACAAUACGAAAAAACACAUUCUGCAGAAGACAAGCGCGAAAUGGACAAGGCGCAGCGAACACUCGCUCUCCACAAGGAAAUACAGGAGUUCAUAAAGAAAAAAAACUCAGACUACUAUGCAAUCCUUGGCGUUCAGAAAUCAGCCUCUCAGGAUGACAUACGGCGUGCAUUCAAUGCUCUCUUAAUGAAGUUCCAUCCAGACAGAACAAAGAUGAGCGAGUCGAGCGAUGUCUCUGCAAUCAUUCAAAACGCUUAUACAACACUUGGCAAUCCAGAAAAGAGAAAAGCAUAUGACCGCAGACUUGCCAGCGGCUCUGCGUUUUCACAUACAACCUUUAGGCAUAGCCAUCCUGAAGAUAUCAUGUCAAACAUAUUUUUCACAACAUUCAGUGCCCAUGCUCAAAGAAGUUCUGUAUUUUACUCCACACAGGAUCUCUAUCAGCACCUGUAUUCCAAUAUGAAUAGAAGACACACCAGAACAUACAGAGCGCCCAGGAUGCAACCACAGGAGCCCACAGAUCCAAGAGUAAUCGUAGCAAUUGUGCUUAUCAUCCUACUCUUCAUCAUCUUACAAUGA